AUGACAUCCAGUUUUAACGCGGUUGAAUUUUUCUUUAGAUUGACGACGCCAUUGGUCGACAUUUCACCCGCAGAUCAAAGUGAGGGUAAGAGCAUCAAAGAAUAUCGGUGCUGCAGUGUCGUUAAUCUGAAGAAGUAUCGAGAAGAAGUUGAUAAUAUGAUUGCCUUGUGGGUAUUUCUGUUAAUACAAUCGGUAGAUUUGUUUCAAAUUGGUGUCUUAAAUAAUCGUAUAUAUAUGACAAAUAAUAUUUCAGCAGUAUUAUUAAAUAAAAGUCGUACUGAGUGUAUUUGUUAUGCAUUCGGAGGGAACUUAUCAUCAAUUAUGUUAAUCAACGUUUUUAUAAAUGAAAGUCGUUGUGAAUUGUUCGAUGCUUAUCCCAUAUCAUCAGCGAUGCUAAUAUCGAAUAACUAUUCAACUGUUAUUUUUCGUCCAACCAAUGCAUCAUUUCAGUCAGUUGUUACAAGUACAAGCACAAGUGUAUUAUCGACAAUAACCAGUAUUCUAGCUUUAGGAUCAACAUGCUCUACUACAGUUUCUGGAGGAAGUAUUUUAGCCAACUUUUCUGGUCAAAGUCGGUCAAGCAAUUACGAAAAUUAUACAUUUUCUUUUCAAGCACCGUCAUCUACUACUAAGAUUCUUUUCUCCUUCUCAGCUCAUCAUAAUAAAGGUUGGUAUCUUGAUGAUGUGUCUGUUCGUAAUGCGAACGGUGACGAGCUGAUAUUAAAUGGAAAUUUCUCCACAAGUAAUUUGACAAACUGGACUGAGUUAUGUUCAAUGAAUUGUUCUGGACCCGCAACGCGUAACACAUCUGGAGUGACGAAUAGUUGUGGUUCAGGUUCGUCAACACCGUGUUACUAUGGUGAAUGUGAUCCACCAACAUACAUUUUUCUACUUCAAUCUGUCUCGACACUCAGUGGACAUGUCUACACGCUUCGAUUUCUAUUAGCUGUGAAAAGUUCAGAAGCAAAUAGCGUGUUCAUCACUUCAAUUGCUUAA